AUGCCUUAUUUCUUAUUAAUCUUAGUUUUUUUCCAUUUUAAUGAUAAUUUAAAAUAUCGUUAUCAAUAAACUAUUUUAUUUCUCCCAUUAAAUAUAUUUCAUAUAUUAUCUAUUAUAGAUCUUAUUUAAAUGGUUUCUGUUUAUCAAAAAUCCAAACAAUAUAUGUAAAAUAAUUACAUCUAUUCAAUUUAAUACGCCAGUAUUAUUGUAAUUGUAAUAAAUAACACUAGAAGUUUGAUUAUGUAUUGUGAUACAUUACAAUAAUUGAUAUUUGUAAUGUAAUACAUCAUAAAUUUAGUUAAUUGUUGA